AGCGCUGAAAAGCGACCCCAUUCAGUAGCCUACUGCUUCGGGAGUUGGUCGAAUUGAGGAGUGUGCGGUAUCGAUGAGCGUCCUCGUCGUCAUCGUUGACGCGCUAUCACCCGUCCAAGUAGGCAACGAGGUGCUAAUUCGUCUGUUUAUGCGCACAUUCGAGCCUUCUCCUCGUGUUUAAUAGGGCUCGAAAUGUGAAGUCAAUAGAUGCCCGGUGCAGUGAUGAAGCAACUCGUCGAGUUUAAUUUUAAAUAGCCCAUUUAGGAAGGCAAGAAAACAUUGCAGAAAAAAAAGUGCGACGGAAAGUGUAUUUGAGCAAGUGAUUAGCAGAGAGUGCGAGAAAUUGUGGGUGCGAGUUACCGUGGUAAAUACCACUAACGACGACGGUGGUCAAUGGGACAGCUGGUCAAGCAAGUAUCCCAUGACCGAUAGUGAAGUUUAAAUUAUUACCAAGUGCGUCGUCGAUAACGGAUCGGAACGAUGACGGAGCCGGCUGGUGAAGAUGAGCCGGGGCUGAAUGAGCUGAACGAGCAUACCUACCGGAAGCGAUCGUUCUGGUGCUGGGGAAAGGGAAACCGCGUAUCACAGGAGCCCGACUCGCUCAGCAUCAAAGUCGGCGGCGAAAACCACGAUAAGAAGCCGAAGCGGCACGAAACCAACCGCAUCAAGUCGACCAAGUACACCCUGCUGACCUUCCUGCCGCUGAAUUUGGCCGAACAGUUCCGACGGAUAGCGAACUUCUAUUUCCUCUGCAUGACGGUCAUUUCGAUCGUGAUUGACAGUCCGGUGUCGCCGCUGACCUCGCUCGUGCCGCUGGUGUUCGUCAUCUCCGUCACGGCCACCAAGCAGGCCUACGAAACGUAUCUCCGCUACCGGGCGGACAACAUGGUCAACUACUCGCUGGUGACGGUGAUCCGGAACGGGAUCGAGAUGGACAUCCGCUGCCAGGACAUCCGGCAGGGUGACAUCGUGCGGAUCUCCCGGGACUGUGACAUCCCGUGCGAUUUGGUUCUGCUGAAAUCGUCUGACGAGAACGGGAAGUGUUUCGUAACGACGGCCAACCUGGACGGCGAGACCAACCUCAAGUCGAUGAUGGUGCCCAAAGAGUUGCCGGAGCUGCCGGUGGAUAAGCUGCACACGCUCGGUCGGAUAGAGUGUGAACUGCCGCGUACGGAUCUGUACACGUUCAACGGCAGGCUCGAGUUGGCUGAGAUUUAUCACAGGCACGAAAUUACCACCAUAGAUGGUGGACUGGGAAUGGAGCAUCACGUCUUGCCGUUGAUGGCAGAAAAUCUUCUGUUGAGGGGGUCCAGGGUGAAGAAUACGGAGUGGGCAGUCGGGUGUGCGAUCUACACCGGACAGAACACGAAGCUGGCAUUGAAUAGCAAGAUGACGAGCAAUAAGAUGAGUUCCAGCGAGGGGUACAUCAACAAAUAUCUUGUGUUUUUCCUGGUUCUGCUGAUUGCGAUCGUGGUGGUGUCCUUCUUUAUGAAGCGAUACAACGAUCGCUACAAUGAUGGUCAUAAUUUCUACCUGGGCGAAUACACGGCAAACUACCGGGUGUCGCAGUUCUUGCAGGAUUUCUUCUCGUUUCUGAUCCUGUUCAACUACCUGAUUCCGAUCUCGCUGUACGUGACGAUCGAAAUGGCAAAGUUCUUGGGUGGGUUCUACCUGGAGUGGGACCUGGAGCUGUACGACGAGGAAACGGAUCAACCGUGCAUUGUGAACACUUCGGAUAUCAACGAGGAGUUGGGGCAGGUUUCGCUACUGUUUUCCGACAAGACCGGUACGUUGACGAAGAACGUGAUGAUCUUUCAGAAUUGUUCGAUCAAUGGCAAGGUUUACAAUCAGAAGGGAAGGCGCUUGCAGGAGGUUGGUCGACGGUACGCGUUGAAGAUCAACGAGUGUUCGCGUCACGUUUACAACUUCUUCGAAGCAUUGGCGGUUUGUCAUACGGUGCAGGUUGUGGGUGACUACACCAAUGAAGCGGACGAUCCUGAAGCUGCAGAACAGGAACAAGACUCCGAAGACGAGGGUCCAUCGCCGGAGAUGAACAACAACCGAUCCAGGCGAAACUUUUCGCAUAUUUCAGAGGAGCUUGAAACGGUCGCUUCGAACGAUUCCGUCCUGGAUGAGCCGGACUUCAUUCAGUUACAGGAACUCUCACCACGGAGUCGUGCUCCGGUAACGUUCUCCGUGCACCAAGAUAAGCGUUACAGUGCCGAGCAUGAGCCUUCUGUUGUUGCUGAGACAAGUGACGACCAAACUAGUCAGAUGAGAGAACGUAGCGGUAGUGGUAGUUUAAGGCCUGUCAGUGAAUCGGUAGUUCGACGGCCGAGUAGCAUUUUCACAGACAACCGAGUCCACCCGGUGAGUCUACAGAUUCCACCCUUCAGGCGGGUUCCGUCGAGCUUGUCUAGUCGCUCUUCCCGACCGCAGAGUCUGAUCGAGUCACCGACCUCCGAGGAGCAGUUGGGUCAAACGGGCGAUGGAAGUCUGUUCCAGAACAGCAGUAAUGGACACCUGGAUGGGCUGCUGCAGUCGAUCGAGUUGAAGCGAGCCAUUUCCGCCUACGAGGAGAAACCGAUCACGGAGCGGGUGGUAAAGACCCAUCGGCGGACGCAAUCGCACAUUCCACCUGGAGUGGUCAACAAGACUAAUGGGGACAGAACGGACAGGGAUUCCGUAAUGCUGCGGCGGAAUCGUAGCUCAAUUCGGUCAACGGCCAGGGAGUACUACGCGGCGGAGUCGUUUACGGAAGCUUCACUAAUUCAACGGCAGGAGUCCGUUAUGAAGCAGGAGGAAGUGUUGUCGUUCAUUCGAAAUAUGGACUACCAGGCGUCGAGUCCGGAUGAGAAAGCGCUGGUGGAAGCCUGUGCUAAGAUGGGUCUGGUUUUUGUUGGAGACGACGCGGAAGUUCUGCACAUCAAGCUACGGGAGUCCUGUGUCAAGCGGAAUGUGAAGUCCGUGUACGGAGAGGUUCCUCGUGAGGAACUGGUCAAAUACCAAAGAUUGGCUGUGCUAGAGUUCACCUCGGAUCGGAAGCGGAUGAGCGUGAUAAUUAAGGACGCUCAGGGUCAGAUUUGGGUGUAUACCAAAGGGGCGGAAAGUCACGUGCUGCCGCUGUGUACGAAGACGCCCUCGGGGCUGGUGAUAUCUACGCAACGACACAUCAACGAGUUUGCCAAACAGGGAUUGAGAACACUGGCCGUCGCCAGACGAAAACUGACACAGGUUGAAUACUCCAACUUCCGGAAUGAGUUGAUACAGGCGAACAACUCGUUAACGGAUCGGGUUGCCAAGGUGGAGGAAUGCCAGCGGAAGAUCGAAACGGGGCUGGAGCUUUUGGGUGCCACUGCCGUGGAGGAUGCGCUCCAGGACAACGUCAGGGACACUCUGGAGUCGUUGCGGAUGGCUGGCAUCAAGGUGUGGGUUCUCACUGGUGACAAGAUAGAGACGGCCCUGAACAUAGCUCUCAGCUGCGGCCAUAUUCCGGAAGAUGCUUACCGGUACUUCAUAACCGAAUGUACAACAGUGGAACAACUACAGCAGCACUUUGACGUAUUCUCGUUCGAGAUGUUCCGCGCCCCGGAUCGGGAGUAUGCGCUGUUGAUCGACGGCGCAAGUUUGGCGAUCGCAUUGAAGGACUUGCGGGAGGUGUUCCGAGAUCUGUCGAUCAAGUGUCGAGCGGUUCUGUGCUGUCGACUGAGUCCGUUGCAGAAGUGCGAGGUGGUGCAGCUGAUGAAGACGGUGGAGAGCAAUCCGGUGACGGCUGCUAUCGGAGAUGGAGCCAAUGACGUAUCGAUGAUCCAAGAGGCUCACGUAGGGCUGGGGAUCGUGGGAAAGGAAGGUCGACAAGCGGCUCGAUGUGCAGACUAUGCUUUUGCCAAUUUUUGCAUGGUUAAGAAGAUGCUUCUGGUGCACGGGCACUAUUUUUCGACGCGCUUAGCAAUUUUGGUGCUGUACUUUUUCUACAAGAAUCUGAUAUUCAUGGGGAUUCAGUUCUUUUUCCAGAUCGAUAGCUUGUUCUCAUCGCAGUCCGUGUACGAUUCAAUAUUCCUGACGCUGUACAACGUACUCUACACGUCACUUCCCGUAUACGUCCUAUCGUUGACCGAGAAGCCGUAUCGAGAGGAGACUUUGAUGAAGGAACCCUCACUCUACCAGAAGGUAGCCGGCAAUAAACAGUACGCCUGGAAGUACUUCAUAGGCUGGAUGUUGCUAGCAGUAUACCACUCCUUAGUCGUCUACCUUUUCAGCUGGGCCAUCUGGGGUAACAAUCCGGUGAUCUACGCAACGGGUCCGGAAACUGUUAACUUUGCCUGCUUCGGAACCAUGACGAUCCACAAUGUGGUGGUCGUGGCAAACCUGAAGCUCCUGCUGGAAGCGAUUCACAAGAGCUUUAUCUUCAUCGCCUCAAUCUGGCUGUCGAUCUUCGGUUUCAUGGGAACGACCUUCAUCUACAAUCUGUUCAAUCUGAACUACGACGGUGACAUGCUCCAGGUCUACAACAACCUGCUGUCGUCGCUGACGUUCUGGGUGUUGAGUUUGCUGAUUCUGGUGGCGGCCUUCAUUCCGGACUUUACGAUAUUCGCCGCAAAGGCAAUCGACAUUAAAAUAGGGCACAUCUUCCCCGGUGGGGCCAAGUUCCGGAAUGCUUUCUUCCAGCGGCGGACCCGUACCGUGGAGAGUACGUACUUGUAAUUCGGAGUUUCCAAAUAGCAUCAUGACAUGCUAAAACUUGCCAAGUUUUUUAUACAUACAUAAUAGGUUAGAUUUUCAUUGUUGUUGUGCCUGCUAAGUUAUUGCCACUAGCACCGUAAGACGAAUCGUGAUAGACGCAGUUCCUUCUCUCGCGCGCAAUCCAAGACAGCGAGUUAUCAGUAUUUUUGAAAUACAUUUUUGUGAGAACUUUUACAUUCCAAUACCGAACGCCUUUG